AUGGACGAAGAAGCUCCUGAGACGACUGCCGAGUCACUGCCUACGACUCGAGUAUUGACGGAUAAAGAUCUACUUUACUGUGGAGUUUGUACAGUGCCUCCAGAAUACUGUGAAUAUGGAGCAACGCCUGCCCAAUGCAAGCAAUGGCUCGCUCAGCAUCAUCCCAAUAUGUUUGCCAAGAUAUAUCCUGGUGCAUCUCUAGAGGAACAAGUAUCAAGUCUGUCGCUUAACGCUGGAUCUUCACAGCCAGAUGGCGGCGAAUCCAGUGACAGCAAGCCAGAAAAAUCAGCUGCUGAAGUCAAGGCGGAGAAGGAGAAACGCAAGAAGGCUUCACAGCAGAAACUGAUUAUAAAACGGGUUGAAAGAACCAAGAGGAAGUGUGUCAUAUGUAUAACAGGGCUGGAAACAUUUGAUUUGAAAAAGGCAGCCAAGGCUUUUGCCACCAAAUUUGCUUGUGGUUCUUCAGUUACUAAGAAUGCUGAAGGCAAAGACGAGAUUGUCGUCCAAGGCGAUGUUCAAGAUGAUAUCUACGAGUAUAUUAUGGAGACGUGGAAGGUGCCAGACGAAAAGAUAGAACUGAUCGAAAAGUAA